UAGAGACAUGAAUAUUGAAUAAUCGAUUAUGAGAUUCUCCCCAAGUAAGUAGACAAGGUCACAGAGCAAUCCCUUGGCAGUUCACGAGGCUUGUUUUAUAGGGCAAUAACUAAGCAAAUAUGGAAUCUGAAGCACUGAUAUGGGGUGACAAACUCAUACUGAAGGGAUUGUCAUUCCAUGGUUUUCAUGGAGCACUACCGGAAGAAAGGAAGCUAGGCCAGAAGUUCGUGGUAGAUGUUGAUGCAUGGAUGGAUCUGAAAGCAGCUGGCAAAUCUGAUCACUUAUCAGAUACAAUUAGUUACACAGAUAUAUAUGAUAUAGCUAAGGAAAUUCUUGAAGGGUCACCUCAAAACCUUCUGGAGUCAGUGGCACAAAAAAUUGCAGUGACUACUCUGACAAAUCAUAAGCAAAUAUCUGCUGUUCGAGUGAAGGUUGAAAAGCCUCAUGUGGCAGUUCAAGGUCCACUUGAUUACUUAGGCGUUGAGAUACUUAGACGCAGAAGCGAUUUGUCAGAAUAGAAAUUUCAUAGUUUUGUUCUCUCUGGUUUUUGUUGCUCUCAUUCUGAUUUGUAUUGUUUGUUUUCAUUGAAUGUUUCUUCUUGCCAUUCAGUUUGAUACAUCGUCAAGUUCCAUUUGAUAUAAAGGUAACUCUUUCCCUGAGUACCCUAUUA